AUGAGUCAAACAGGGAGUCUACAGGUGUGGUGCCAGCUCUGGGGCUGUGGGCCAAGGAUGCUUCCUAGGAAGAUCUUGUUCCUGUGCCUUCUGGCUGACUGGGGCUGGGCUUGUAUAGAUCCCCAAAGGCCAAUUGAAGAUGUGGAGCAUUACAUGAGGAAUCUGACAACUAAUACCUCCAGUCAGAGAUUGCAGAGCCUUCUAGAUAAACAAAGAGCUAUCCACAAAUUGGAGGCUAAGCUGAAGGAAAUCACCUUCUCCACAGAGAAUGUCACCAUCGAAGUCGAAGCCAUCCAGGCUCUGGUCUACAAGCUCACCUGUAACUUCUCCGGGUUGACCAUCAACAGUUCAUACUUAGAGAAGGCCAAAACCAGGCACUUCAUGCAGUUCCCUACUGAGCUGACUCAGCACGCCUGCAAAGCAAACCAGAAGCUGCGGUUAAUCUGUAUCUACUUCAACAUGAACGAUUUCUUCCAGGAUGAUGACAACAGUCUUCUGCUCAACAAUAACAUCCUAGGAGCCAGCUUGGUGAACCAUAGUGUGUCCAACUUGAAGCAGAAUGUGAACAUCAGCUUUUGGCACAAUGAAAGCCUGGACAGAUAUGAUUUGACGUGUGUCUUUUGGAAAGAAGGAGCAGGAAAAAUUAGUUGGGGGGCCUGGAGCAGUGAGGGAUGCAAGACUGUCCUGGAGGCACCAUAUCAGGUCAUAUGCCACUGUGAUCACCUCACUUACUUUGCUGUCCUCAUGAAACUCUCAUCAACCAAGAUUAGCAAGGAGCUAUUGGACCCACUUAACUACAUUUCCAUUGUGGGCUGUAGCCUGUCCAUUGUGGCUUCUCUAUUCACCAUCCUAUUCCAUCUUUAUUCCAGGAAGAAGAAUGAUUCCACAACACAUAUCCACAUGAAUCUCCAUGUGUCUGUCAUCCUCUUGAAUGUCACCUUCUUGCUAAGCCCUUUCCUGACCUCACUGUCAGUAGGGUGUGUAGCCAUAGCUGCCCUGCUGCAUUAUUCCCUGCUCAGCUGCCUCACCUGGAUGGUCAUUGAGGGCUUCAACCUCUACAUGCUCCUUGUCCGAGUUUAUAACAUCUACAUCCGAAGAUACAUCCUCAAACUCUGUGCCCUGGGUUGGGGGCUUCCUGCCAUCAUAGUGGUGUUCCUUCUCCUUGUGAAAACUUCUGCAUAUGGAUACUAUGAAAUUCAAAUACAGAACAGCCUGCAGAAUGAUACCAGCCCUCAGAAUGCUUCCAUGUGCUGGAUCAAAUCAAGGGAAAUCCAUUGGGUCUUUGUCAUGGGCUAUGUAGGUAUCACAACCCUCUUCAACCUGGUCAUCCUCAUCUGGGCAGUAAAGAUGCUCCGGGGCCUGCGUUCUCGGGAGAAGUGGGAAUCACGACCCUGCCAAGACAUCACCACUGUCUUGGGUUUGAGUGUGCUGCUGGGGAUCACCUGGACCCUGGCCUUCUUCUCAUUCCAUCCCAUCCUGUUGCCUCAGCUCUUCCUUUUCACGAUCUUCAACUCUUUCUAUGGUUUCUUCCUCUUCCUGUGGUUCUGUGCUCAGAAGCGACACUCUAAUUUGGAGGCCGAAACCUCCAGUUCUUCACAGAUGGCACGGACAGGGCCUCAGAACCACAAUUCUUCUAAGAGAUGUCCACAACCUUCCUCUCUCACCUGUUUAUUCAGGCCUUUCCAUCCACAAGGCAUAAGUCACCAAGAUGGUGAGGUGGAAAAGGAUAUGGAAUGUCCAGGGACAUAA